GAUUUACUGGAGAAGAAAGGGGGCAACAACGGUGGUUGAGAGGAAGGAUCACCGAGCUUCCAGAGGAACUUCAUUUUCUGGUUUCAUUUUCUGGGUUUCAUUGCCUUAGGUAAUUUCUGAACAGAGGAAUUUUUGGGAAGAGCCGUGAGGGAGAAGAAGGGAGCUUGAUCCCGUGGGUGGGAUCCCUCCCUUCGGAUCUCAAUCUGCUUUUUUUUUCUCAGAAAUUUCACCUUGUUUGAUUCUGAUUCUCAUAGAGUUUUGCUUUAUUAAAACUGUACUAGAUGAUGGUACUGCAAAUGAAAUCAAGCAUGUUUGUUGAAUUUCAUGGAUCCGAAUUGGAAUGGAUGUUUACUUGCUUUCUUUGUUCUGUUCUGUUGGAUGGCCGAACAGAAAAUCCAGAUCAUUUCUGUUUCUGUCCAGAUUUCAUUUUGGAAGUGAGAGUCGAGGCAAGGUUAACCAGGGGGAGUGAUGAACUAGACGGCUAGUCAGUAUUUUGGACUUAGAUUCUUUUUGGACUUAGGCCGUUAGCCAUACAUGUUUGACAUAGAUGUGAACUGAUAAAUCUUUUUUUCUUUUUUUUUUUGUAUAUUGAGUUUCCUUGGUUAUAGCCAUGAUUGUUUUAUAAACUUUGUACAUUUGGACUAGUAAAUUUUUGGUAAUUAUGAACACCGUAAGUUUUGAGCCUUGUACAUUUGUAGGACCUGUUCAUGAGUGCACGGCAUCUGUUCUGCUCCUGGUUUUGGGGUGUGACAGAUUUUGUGGUAUCAGAGCCUAGGUUUAAAUUAAAUACCUAGGAUUUGU